CAGAUAUUGGAGGGAUUCGUGGAGGAGGACUCUGUAAUGUUUCAGCUAGAAAGCAGUAAUGGUAUUGUGAUGCAUAGAUCUCUGACAGAAGUUGUACACAGAGUGAUAUUAUGCCAGCGUCCCCUGAAAAAGAGCUAUGAGUGACAGUGGGUGACAGCAGGUGACAGUGGGUGACACAGCUGUGAUCCCGUCUGUGGUGACUCUGAGCAGCACUUUGAUAAGAGGGAUCAGGUCCCACAGUAGCUUGCAAUCUAACACCGUCUCCCAGGAUGUGAAAUAUUGAUCAGUGGCAGUCUGCGGCAUGUCGUGCAGCAAGGGGGAGUGCAGGGGGGUCCCCCUCUACAGCUUCUACUCAGCCCCCCCUGCCUCGGACCCCAUGCAUUACUCUUCUGUGGCCCUCAGUGCUGCCCCCCCCCUCAACAAUGGCUCUGGAACCCCCCGCUCCUCCCAGGACCCUACUCUACAGGUGAGCAGUCAAGCUGGGGGUACAAGGGACGUGCGCACUGACUCCUCACCCAAGUGCUUCUAUCGCCACUACUUGACCCGCACCAGCAUGCAGGGGGAUAUUUACAACUUCCUGGAGAGACCCAGUGGCUGGAGGUGCUUCAUAUACCACUUCAGUGUGUUCCUCCUUGUUCUCAUCUGUUUGAUAUUCAGUGUGCUUUCUACCAUUGAACAUUACUCUGAGUUUGCAACUGGAACCCUCUUCUGGAUGGAGAUUGUACUAGUUGUUUUUUUUGGAGCAGAAUACCUUGUACGUCUCUGGUCUGCUGGCUGUCGCAGUAAAUAUGUUGGAUUCAAGGGUCGGAUUCGCUUUGCUCGAAAACCCAUCUCAAUAAUUGAUCUUAUUGUGGUCAUUGCAUCCAUCAUUGUACUCAGCGUAGGAUCCAAUGGACAAGUCUUCGCCACAUCUGCAAUUAGAGGUAUACGGUUCCUCCAGAUUCUGCGCAUGUUGCACGUAGAUCGGCAAGGAGGCACCUGGAGACUUCUGGGGUCUGUAGUAUUUAUCCAUCGGCAGGAGCUCAUCACUACGCUUUACAUUGGUUUCCUGGGCCUUAUCUUCUCAUCAUACUUUGUGUAUCUGGCUGAAAAGGAUGCUGUGGAUGAAGAAGGAAGGACUGGCUUUUCCAGCUAUGCAGAUGCCCUCUGGUGGGGAGUGGUCACUGUGACGACCAUUGGAUAUGGGGAUAAAGUCCCACAGACCUGGAUUGGGAAGACCAUUGCCUCCUGCUUCUCUGUUUUUGCCAUCUCUUUCUUUGCUCUGCCAGCCGGGAUUCUGGGAUCUGGUUUUGCUCUCAAAGUUCAGCAGAAACAACGUCAAAAACAUUUCAACCGACAGAUCCCUGCAGCAGCUUCACUAAUCCAGACUCUCUGGAGAUGUUAUGCUGCUGAAAAAUCUUACAACUCUACAGCCACAUGGAAAAUCUAUCUUACUCCCCCAGAGCAGACUGGCAAGAUCAUUCCCACACCAACCAGUCCCAGCAUACGCAGACAGAACAGAAGAUCUAAGAAGAAGAACAAACAAGAGACAUGUAUGACCCCCACAAGUCCCCCCCAGUCUCCCCUGUGCCGCUCUCUGUCAACCCGGGCAACCCGGAGCUGUGCUCCUGAAAAUGCACUAUCUGUGCCUAAUAUCACAUAUCCUCACCCAGAGGGGGAAAAGAGAGAUAUGAUAAUGCAGGGAAUGCCAGGACGGCCUCGAUCUUGGUCUUCUGUGUCUAUAUUCUUAUCUGGCAGCUUUUCAGCUCAAGGAAAAAGCCGCCAGGAAGACUCUUUUCAUGACAUAUCCAGUACAAACAGUUAUGCAGAUGACAUGGACGCAAUGAGUGAGGAGAGUCCAUUGCCAGCAGCGACAGAUGUGACCCAGCUGACAGAUGCUCACAGGAUGGCGGUGAAGGUUACACGCAGAAUGCAGUAUUUUGUGGCUCGUAGGAAAUUCCAGCAAGCUCGGAAACCAUAUGACGUGAGAGAUGUAAUUGAGCAGUACUCCCAGGGACACCUGAAUAUGAUGGUGCGGAUAAAGGAGCUACAGAGAAGAUUGGACCAUUCUCUGGGCAAACCCGGACUUUUCUUACCAGAGAAAGGAGUGGAUAAAGGAUAUUACACCGUUGGUGCACGGCUCAUGCGUCUAGAGGAGAAGGUGACUCAUAUGGAUCACAAGCUGGAUGAAAUACUGCAUGUCUUCCGCGCUCAAAUGGUGCCAGAGGAGGAUCAGCUGCUCCCUCGUCAGCCAGUCUCCCCAGCUCCCCACCGGCUACAUCCCUCACACAGCUCACCCACACCCAGCCACAGGAACUAACAGCAACUGCCAUCCUUUGUUAAACAACAAUGACUGUCUGGUGGCAGAUUAAAAAUCAGCACUUGCGGAAAUAAGAUAUGAUUACCUGGGAAAUAUCUCAAUGCUUUUUGAGAGAUGUCUCCUUAGAGACAUCUCCUCCAUACACAGCCUUGUGAGUGUCAUAUCUACCACACAAGAGAUGUUUACUACACAUACACCAUAAUGAGAACUAUUGCCUCACUCAGCUCGUUCAGAAGACAUAGCUCCCCUACUAUCCAUGCUUGUACAAAGAGCAUGUACAUCCCCCCCUGGUGUAUACAUGGUAGGGUUUGUUACCAGGCAAAGUUGGCAGUUGCCUAGAUGUCAGAAAUGCAGUUGAUUACCUGCUUAUAUUCUGUGAGUUGAAAUUUUGGCUGCCAAAGCAAGAAUGAGGGGGGGCGGUGGAAAAUUCUUUACUUAAGCAAAUGUUUGUUGGAAGCAAUGGGUUUACAUGCUAGUCAUGAUUUCACUAGGCACAAAAAGUCAUAGAUAUAUAUGUAUCCUGUACCCAUACUGCUCAGCGCUGAUAUAUAUGUGACACAAAUUAUGGCUCAGUUACGUGAAAUCCAUUUAUGCUCAGUCUGGCAAUCCAAGAGAAUUUAUAUGUACAGUGGAACACAGCUGAUGUCCUGCCUGCAGACUGGUGAAUAUUUAUUGUUGUACAGACAAUACACUCAGUCACAACUAUGUACAAAUAAAGCACACACACUCUUUGUGUGACGUGCAUAUACAGCCUACUACAGCACUGCCUCUGAAUUAGAACCUUGAGAUUUGCUGUCAAGCAGGACACGCAUAUAACAGCAACAUUAAGCAACUCAAGUAUGCACCAACCAACACAUAUGGCACUUAGUAUUUUUUUAGAAUCAUGUGCCUUAUUUUUACUGCAGGUAGUCACAGUAUAACCUCAUUAUAUUUACACCAUUUGACAUAUGCUGUUUCUCUAGCAGUAGUAAGCAUUUGUGAGAAACACACUGAGCGUGUAAAUACAUUUUAGUAUCAGCACUAGACCUUUACUAUGUUAAGUCCAAAAAUAACUUGCAAGAAAAGUCUUUCUACAGAAUUUAAAUUUGUCACAUAUUUUCAUUUCCUGACCAACCCACAAGCAAUGGAAAAAAAUUGUACAACCAUUACAAUUGUAUUUUGAAAAACAAAAAAGAGUGUACAUCAAACCAACUAAAAUUGAUUUCCUUAGUCAGGUAACAACUUGCAUCAGUACAGACAUAUUCAAAUAAAACUUCUGUAAAAGUCUUCCUUUCUGAAUUAAAAAUGUUAGUAUGUAUGUAUACUUGUGAGAUAUACAGGGGUUGGACAAAAUAAUGUGAACACCUGGGAAAUAGGUGAUAUUACUUUAUUAAUAAAGUGUUGAACCACCAUUUGCCUGUAAUAAAACGUCCAACCUUUUUGCAAUAAAUUCAUACAACAUUUGCAUAGUCUCCAGUGGAAUGUUGUGCAAUUCGUCUUUUGCCAGUUGCUUUAAAGAGAUUAGAAGAGGGAAAACUGUCUAAUGUGGUUUAAAGAUAUUCAAAAAAGAUGAUUAAUAAGGCCAGGGCAGAUGUUGAAGUUUCAAAUUAGUGCUGCUAAAACAAAGGGGCCGAUUUAACAAGGGACGAAUGGCCCUGAAUGUAACUGUUUCCGCGCAAGCUUUCAGGCUCACCAGAAACAGGAGAUAAGAAGCGGUGGUCUUAAGACCACUGUUCCUUAACUCGUCCGCCAGCUCUGAGGUGGCGGACAGCAAUCCACCAGAUCGUAUACGAUCGGGUUGAUUGACACCCCCUGCUAGCGGACGAUUGGCUGCAAAUCUGCAGGGGUUGCGGAAUUGCACAAGCAGUUCAACAGAACUGCUUGUGCAAUGUUAAAUGCCAACAGCGUAUGCUGUCGGCAUUUAUCUAUGCAGGGCGGACAUGAUUCGCUAUAGGGAACUCAUGUCCGUCCGGGGUAUGAUAAAUCUACCCCCAAAAUAGAACUGUUCUGGCAGAAUGUGUUUUGGUAAACUAUCAUCUUGAAAAAUUGCAUCAUUGUUGGGAAACAAAAUCUGGAUGAUAGGAUGCACCUGAACACCUUGAAUGUCCAAGUACUUGCUGGCAGUAACUUAACCAUUUAGGGUAAUGAUGGGACCAGCUUAAUAACAAGAUAUGGUCCCCUGAGUUAUCACAGAUCCAUCCCCAUGUUUGACAGUUGGAACCAGACAAACAAAGCUUCCCUGGGGGAUCUCCAUACAUAAGUCUGACCUUCUGUUGGGAAUGAUGUAAUUGACACAUCGUACCAUAUCACUCUUUUCCAGUCUUCAUCUGUCCAGGUUUUAUGAUCAUUACACCAUUCUUUUCGCAUUUUAGUGUAAGAUUAAAAGUUUAGAAAUUGCAGCUCUUCCAUGGAUGUUGGCUUUUGAAGUUCUCUGUAGACUGUUUUUUUUAAACAGGGUCUUCAAGGUGGAUUUUGAUUUCUGCUUUCACUUUUGAUUUAGUAGUUCUGUGUUGGUUUGACAAAAUCCUUGUUAGUGUCCAAUUGUCCCUAUCACUCAGUUUCAGUUUUCUCCCACUAUUCUACUUUGUCAAUGAAAUCUUGCCAUGUUUUGUGUAUGCAGUCAUAGCUGUGGAAACUGUUGCUCUUGAAACACCAAGAAGUUAAGCUCUUAUGGUUAUAGACACUCCUGCUAAAUGGUCUCCCACAAUUUGUCCUCUUUGGAAGUCUGACAAGUCACCCAUUUCACUGACAGCUUAUAGUAACCACUCCUGAACACAACUUGUAAUACACUGCCAUAUAGUCAAGAGAAUAUAGACAAAGACGAACAAAAUAUAAUCACAAAAUUUGUUUUAUUUUUUUACCGUAGCCUACACAAAUAACCCCUAUACUAAUAGAGGCCGAAUUAUCAAAUGAAUGUGGAUAGCAAUACGCUCUCCGUAUUCAGCAUUGCACCAGCAGCUCACAAGAGCUUCUGGUGCAACGCCACCCCUGCAGACUCGCGGCCGCCAGCAGGGAGGUGUCAAUCAACCAAUCGUACUCGAUCGGGUUGAAUUGUGGCAAUUCCUGUCCGCCUGCUCAGAGCAGGCGGACAGGGUUAUGGAGCAGCGGUCUUUAGACCGCUGCUUCAUAACCGCUGUUUCUGGUGAGUCUGAAGACUCACCAGAAACACGGGCCCUCAAGCUCCUUUAGGAGCUUGAUAAAUGGGCCUCAUUGUGUUCACAUUAUUUUGCCCAACCCUUGUAAUUGCAAACUCCCCUAAAUUAGCUUUUAGGAAAUAAAACUAAUUUAUUUUAAAUGCUUUUUUUUCCAUUUUUUUUCCUAGUAGCAUCUACAGGUUAAGUUAAAAUGGAAUGGCCCAUUACCUAUACUGCAUUCUUAUUGGUCAGUUAUGAUACUAAUUAUGCUAUGAUUGGACUAGAAAACUGAACAAAUUACUGCUAAACAUAUCCCCCGCCAAUAUUAUUCAAUCCUCAGCACAUUUCUCAGUACACAUAACUGUUACAAGCUGGAGAUUUGUAACAUAAACAAGGUAUUAACUGGCAGACUGAUUUCUUGAGCUUUGAAAAAAAAAAAUAUAUAUAUAUAUUGCUUAAAUAGCACUUGUAAUUUCAAUAAAAGCUAUUUGAAGGUAAACUGUUACCACAAUAAAACAA